AUGGCAGCAACGUUUUUCAGACCUAUCAAGAGAAUGAAUUGGAUAAGGUGCAGUGGUGUCCUUAAUGUUGCAGCUUAUGUAGCGAGGGCUGUGAGGAGCUUUGGAAUUUUUAUGCAAUUUUUAUUUAGUUUUAAUAAUGGGGGUCACAUUUCAUAAGGCAUAUUGCCAUUUCGUGUCCGCUUAUCUCCAUUUUUAACUUGUGAAUUGCGCGCAUGCGCAAGAGCGAGUUAUAGAUACCAUGUGGGGAAUGGCAUUCGCUCGCUCGAUUGGUCGAUUCCUGUAAACUUUUUUUAGAUUUUAGGCUUUUGAGUGCAUUUGAUAGUUUUUAGCGAACAGUAAACAGAAGAAAUGGCGACCUUUGUUGCUAAGAAUAGUGGUGGGGUGAAAAAGAAGCCAAUGAUAAUCUUAAAAGAGUUUUUUUUUUCGAUUUAGUUUCAACAAGCGGCGCCAGCGACUGGCAGGCAUGCAAGGAUUCACACUGAAAUAACAGAACAACCUUCGUUUUUCAUAAAAUUGUAAUUUACAAUCCUUGAACUCGAAAACAAUCCGAAGAUUCAUUGAAAAUAUUACUUACUGCGAAGCGCUCGGAGUUUACAGAUGUUCAAAAGCUUUUUCUGUUAUGGCGUGAGAUUGAGGACAAAAUUGAUAAUUACGUUUCGUCGCGUGUGUUUUUCCUGUGUGAAGCAACAAAAGAUGCCGGCGACUGACGAAAUUACAAGUUAACACGAAAAUCAGAUAACACCUAAACAAACAAUUUUAGCUACCGAUUUUCAGUGAAUUUUUAAAGAACAAUUUUCUUUUAAGUUUCAAGACAAUUUGAAGAUUCAACAUACAUACAACGUACUAAAAUGCGAAAGUUACACACCACAAAAUUGAUAAAUAGGCCUGAAAUGAAAUUCUAUCUUGUUAUUGAUUAUACGUUGCCUAGCACGUGACUUAAAUCUACCCAGGCGGAGAUCCAAAAUGACGGUGGCAGGCUUGGCUUAGUUAUAUCACUCAAAACUCGUUCCAGUUUGUCUGAUUUGAUAAAGAGGGAAUCGUUAAUGUUUUCAUUAAGACACUAUUGCCUUGAUUUUCUAAUAUUUACAAUGAAAGACAGUAAAUUUCACUUCUCACCCACAUUUACUUUCAACCUUUUCUUUUGAACCAGAAACAAAAAUGAUAGAAAACACAUGACAUCAUCCACCUUGUCAAAUGUAAUAGCAUGAUCAUUUCAAUUGUAAUGCCUUCUUAUCCCAACGUUACUUUGUUUCUUUGCUACAUUAGCGAAUACUGAACUACUGCUCGUACUCUAGAUAUGACAAUCAACCACCAAAUUUCCUAAACCAGAUAACAUUAAACUUCAUGUGUCAAAAUCAUGUGUCAAUUUACGAGUUUGCUCACAGAGCACUUUGAUUCUUUUAAGUUUGUGUCUGUAUGAGUAACAAAUCCGGCUUCUCAUUGAUUCUCAACCAUAUGUAAAUAUAGCUGACGUUUUUUAUUCGAAUCGUCAACUUUUUGAAAUUCAGUGAGGUGGUUAACCAACCUUUAUCAACUUUUAAAUAAAGCCAAACUUACUGUUUGACUUUCCCGAAGACAAAGUGCAACAGUUUGUUUAGCAAUUCUAAAUGGCGGUCUUUCCCUGUGCUUCUAGUCGUUCAUCAGUAAGUCAGCCAAUCUCACUCUCCUCCCUAAAAACAGCUGUGAAUGGUUUUGAUUGCUGAAAUUUGAGGUCCUAUGGCGCUGGAAUCGCCGUGAAACAUCAUCAACGGUGCAUGCAUCGAUCUUCCUUGAAAUUCGCUAAAUUUGCCAGCGAUUGUCUUUGCGGAUGUUAUCUGAAUUCCUUGUGAAGUCACAUGAAUUGUUAAUUUCGUUUUUCAGGUUUUUACUGGUAAUGCAGAUCGGAACACCGUGGUUACCCAUGUCUUGUUGCAACCCAUCACAGCUCGAUGUCCAAAUAAAACCAAAAUCAUGGAAUAACCAUAUUGCUAUGAGGGCCGAGUUUUACGGCUGUAUUCUCUCAGGUAAGAGACCGGUCAUUAUUUAAGGGGAGGGGGGAGGGGAGAGGGGGAGGGGAGAGGAAGAGGGGAGAGGGGGGAGAGAGAGGGGGGAGGGAGAGGGGGGUUGCAAGCAGGUGGCUGUGUCAUAAUUAAAUUUACCUGAUUUUCCCUCCCCCCUCCCCAAGGCUCUAUAAUAUCGUUAUGAUCAUCUCUCGUUGGCAGUCGAUUUUCUGUAAUCCCCCCUUCAUUAUGUUGGCGACGAGUCCCCCUACCCCCUUAAAACCACGUGAUCCCCCAAAUUACUCCGCACCCCUCCUCCCCAAGGUGAUUACUGAUCCUUAGUAGAGAUAAGAUAAUCAACGAGGCAUUACUCCAUGGUACAUGGUUAUCAUCAACAAUAUUAGACAGUACCUAUAACAAUUUACGCAUUUUUUUUAUACCUUGAAACAAAUCACAGACCGUUAUCAAGUACUUGGUCGGAAUGUCCACAUGGAUUAUGUUCAAAAACAUCUUCGUAUAAAAAGAGAGGUAACCUUUGGACAGAACCAGGAGCGAGCCAAUGGAAUUGAGCUUGAAAUUCUAUCUGAUACUGUAUAUGUUAAGGUAGGUAUUUUUACAGUUAACUUUGGAUAAGGGAAAUUUGUUUUUUGUACCCAUUCGUUUGUUCCCAAGAAUCUUUUGCAUUCAUUCGAUUCGUACUAAAUUCAGACGAUUCGUUCUCAGUUUGUUUCAAUUCGUACCCGUCCAAUAUUCAGUGACGAUCAAAAGCUAGGAGAUCUCAAGAAGAGAUGUUGACUGUUGCGCACGACACGUUAGUAAAGAGACAAACGGGUAAAACACAAACAAAGUUCUCUUGCGCAUACUUGUAAUCUUCUUAACGAUAACCACUGAAUCAUAAUUAUUGCCUUGCGCGAUGUAAGGGUGUCACAUAAAAACUGGACACCCCGCAAAUAAAACUUCUUCACCGCAGAUUAUAUUGCUACUGAUUGCGGUAUUUGACAUCAGAAAUUCACCACACUUUCAAGUAAAGUGGGUUCAGAAACAUACUUAACAUAGAAAACGAACAUAAAUUAAUAUGGUUACGAAACGACAAAACUGACUGGGUGCCAUUGGUCCUAGUAGGAUACAAAAUGUCCGUGGGUAGGAAAAAAGUGGUAACCGUUUCAAUCAGUAAAACUGAACCCCUAUGUUUCCGAGACCUCCACGAAUAACAGUUAGAUGAAGAACAUAUUGUAGCAAUCGAGGCCAUUUAAUUGACCGUUGAGAUCACUUUUAAUUAGUCUUGGUUUCUGACACUCAAUCGAAAAAGCGUUUCAUUCCAGAAUGUCCAAUAGAACUCAAAUAAAAAUUAGAAAUAGUAUUUUUACAAAUUAAACUACAUUGACGUGCCUCAGGGCGGUUUCGAUUGCAUGUAAGGAAUCACUCUGCUUAUUUCCCAUAGAGUCACGUGGAUCUGCGCGGUAUGAAAAGAUUGACAAUAUUCAGCCGAGAGGUGAUCUUUACGAAAGACAGUCGAUUGGACCUCAGAGCUCCCGACUUAGAGCAAAAUUUAAAUAUUCUGUCUCCAGGUUCCGAUGGAGAUGAUGGGAAGCAUGGAGUUCAUGGUCCAGCAGGUGAGUUAAGGACUGCCGGAAAUUUAAGGCCAUGAUCUUCUGUCCUUUUUUUGUAUGUUGCUUGUGUGGGUCAGGACCAAAUGUCAUUUGUGUGGGAGUCGAGAGGUACCAAAUCCCCGAGGUUUACUCCCUCGAAAUAGGCUGAUAGAGAUGUGCUACUGGAUGGGAUCGCUUUUUCAAUACUGGGUUGACUGUUAUGGGGUUCCUUUUUCAACAAAGUCAUUAGAAUGGGGUCGCAAAUUGUCGCGAUUUUGGAUUAUGCAACGCAAUAUUUUCACUAUAUCUCUUUUUUUUUAAUUCGACUUUGACAGUCACAGUCUACGCCGAAAUUAUUGCUGGCUAUGUAGAUAUUGUAACAAAUGGCGGAAAUGGAAAACCGGGGCAAAAUGGCGCGAAUGGAAGAAAGGCAGCCGACAGCAUGCACAAGGUACAUUAUUCAAUAAUUGACGUGCGUGAUAUAAGAAAACUAAGGGAAAAGUCAUUAUUUAUCGCCUGCAGGGAACGGGGGGGAGGGGAUGGUGGAUGAUUUCGGGAACGAAGAGGGGUAAUAAGGUGGGCUAUAGAAAAUCUACUACAAAUUAACUGCCAAUCGGAGUGGGGGGGAGGGGGGAGGGGGGAGGGGGGAGGAGGGAUAAGAAUAGAAAGAAUCAGGUGAAUUUUAUCGAGACACAAUCGAACCCCUACAGCCCCCCCUCCCCCACCCAGGUGAUGAAUAACGACAGUUCCACUGUUUAUGAUGAUAUGUCAGACUACAAAGCUUUCAUUACAAAAAAGGAAAUGUUGUAAACUGAAACAAAUUGUUAAAUUUGAAGAUCACUAUUGAUAAUUUAACGGGUUUUUACUCUAACAGUGGAGGUUUUGUGUCAACAAACAAUAAUUACUAUUUCUAACUUUACUAUUCAAACAGCAACCGGACAGGACAGACUCUAACUGCAAAGCAGGCAAAACAAGGACUGGCUGCACUAGACACUUUGCAGGGAUACGAGGUAUAUCAGGUGGAAAUGGAGCAAAUGGCGGAGAUGGUGGGAGAUCAGGUAAAACUGAAACUUGAUAAAGUAAAUUAAUUUUUUUUUCUUGAGAUUAACCGAACUGUCCAAAAUUGUCAAUAACGCUACUAGCGUUAUUGACAAUUUUUGGGCAGUUAAGAAUAGUUCCUUUCCCGACGCCGCAACCACGCGCGGUUGGGAGAAGCUUCUCAAGAAAACGUGGUGCUGCGUCAAUUUGGGAUUAACAAGAUAAUUUAGUGUUAUCAACUGAGUUGAUGAUGGAAAUUGGCCACCGUAAAGAAUUUCUAAAGCUGACGUUUCGAACGUUCGUCCUUUUUCAGAGGGAAUUAUGAACAGCUAACGCUUGAAACUUUAGCUUUAGAAAUUCUUUACGGUGGCCAAUUUCCAUUUUCAACUCGGUCGAAACAAAGAGAAUAAUAAAUGACGCGCGUGGAGAUAAAGUUUCUCUUCGAGUAUUCAACUCGAUAGCUCACGAGUGAGCGCAGAAAACGAGUACAUAUCUACAAGUAAUCGUGUAUUAUUUUGCUGAUCAUAUAAACACAAUAGCCCUUUACCGACUAGAAAAGUCAACUUUAUACUAAUGAAUGAAAAUGAAAGGAUCGAUAAUUCCAGAAGAAAAAUCGUUAAUCGCGUUGGCGCUAAGGCGCAAAAGGAGAAAAUGUGUUAAAACACUUCAAAAACAAACAAUGGAUGUAAUUUUCAAUACACUAAAUUCUGAUUAAUUGACUAGGUCCUUACCGACAGAAGAAAUCUUUCGAGUCAACGGCCAAAAUCGGUGUGUGGCAAAUCUUCCAGUUGUCGACUUUCCUUCUCAGCCGCGAGAAACGCCAUUACCAAGGCCACUGAGAACGUAACUUUUGAUUUUUCUUCCCGUAUUUUGGUUUUCUUCCCCUACGGAUUUUUUCAUUCAUCAACCUGACUGAGUGGCGCGAAAGGCGGGUGACGUGUCAGCAGCUGAUUGGGCAUGUCAAAUACACAAGAAAAAAACACGAUAUUUUUUCACGUGUGUUGUUAAGGCUUUUCUCAGGGCUGGAAAUCGUUGUAUGUAUGAACUAAUUGUUUCCUUGCAUUUUCCAUGAAGCAGCGAAAUAUGUCUGAUAUGGUAAUUCCCCUGCCAGGCACACGCACGUUUUUUACUGUACCCCGCGCACAAUGGAAACUUGUGGCACUCGCGCUAGCGCUGUUGACUUUGAUUACUUGUACACCGACUGACUGUGUUGUAAACAGUAGUAAUCAUCAUUUAAAUGCACUGCAUUUACUUAUGUCCCUCACCUAUGUAUUUAUUUAUUUAUUAAACUUAACAACAGGAAAUGGCGGUGAUGCAGGCCGUCAAACUCUUCAUGUUCUGAAAGUGAGAGGGAAAAUCGAAUUAACAUCUUGUCGCGGGACUGGAGGGCAGGCGGCAUUAAACGGAUUAGGAGGAACCGGUGAGGACUCACAAAUUCUUCAUUAAUAAAAUUUUGCACAAGGGUACAAUUAUCUGCCAAUUUUUUUUUCUUUUUCUCCUAUCACUAUGAUAGAAUAAAUAUCAUUGGUCGGACGAAACACCACAAAUUUGCUACCAAUACUUCAUCGGAUCAGCAAGAAGCUCGGCUCACGAUAUGAAUUAUUUAAGAAAGGUCAAAAACACUACGACGACGCGAAAACUGACUUAAGCAAAAACGAAAACCACGAACAAAGGCAAUUACGUAAUAGUUUGUAACCCUGGCACCGACAAGUUGUUAUUGUAAUUGUCGCACAACGUAUGCCACUUGGUGUCACUCUUUGUCGAUAGCUCCAAAUAAACGGGCAACGCGACUAAUAGACAUUGCCUUCGUUUUUCUAUGGCGCUAUACUUUGCUUUUUCAACAAUCAUGUUUUAACCAGCGGAAUGCAAUCAAGAGAAGGUAUGAUCCUCAAAAAUUAGCUGCAAUCAGUCAGAAAAGAAGGGUGAGAAAUUCAGGCUUAGACUGGACUGGAAUCUGCGCAUCCCAAGUGCAUGUUGGGAGCGGGGCAAAGUUUAGAGGAUUCUUUAUUCCCGCAAAGGAAUCUGAUGAGGCUGGAUUGAAAGUGGAUUGAUGACCAGCUGACAAAUGGGCAGAUCAACCUGCAGAAGCAUCAACUGAGCAAGAAUAGUUUGAUCAAUUGAAAGAAAUUGUUGUUUUCAGGUGGUCUAGGAGGACGUGGUGGCCGCGGGAUAAACUGUAGGAAGGGGAGCUCAUGUCCGCGUUUUAGUCUGCGCUGUCGUCAUUGGUGUGAAUCAUCCGGACUAACUGGCGAGGCCACUCGCGGAGCAACUGGAAGAAGCGGAAGCAACGGACAAGGUUUUUCAUUUGUUUAUUCGUUAUUUAUUCUUUAAUUUAAUUUUAGGCGGUCUUACGCUUCCUACACGUGAGAAAAGAGUGGAACGCUGUUUCAAGUUUAAGUGUUCCCCUUCUUCCUAUCUAAACUUGCGGUGUUGGCUCGAGAAAGAAAACUGAAAUGAAAUGUUUUCAGGUCUUGUGUUCAACAAUACUGCAAUGGGGAGGGAAUGGGAAGAAAGGUUCCUUCCAAACAUUUUAAUUUGUGGGGCAAUGCUAGGACACUAGUUAUUAGCCGUUCUGUCUAAAGUUUACGCUUUAAAUGCAUAUUUAACAACUUUCAAUUUUGUUACGAUUUUACUUUUAAGAACUCGUAGCAAAAGGCUCCAAUGGUCAGGUGGAAAGUUCUUAUCUUCAGAAAUUUAGUUUGGGUCUCAAGCAAUUGAAAAAGUAUCCUCUGCAGCUGAUAAAGAUGAUGACAAGAUAUGGUCAAGACCUUCUCUGG